AUGGAAACGGAAUUCCAGAUGAAAGAAAAGGAGCACGGAGCAAUGCGGGCGGCUCUCAGCCUCAUCGGAUCCGUGAUGCUCCCGCAGGACACCUCCAACUGCUCCGAGCGCCACGAAACACCCUCGGCCCCCGAGUUCCUGAGGAGUAAGUCAAUGAUUUCACAGUGCCGCCUCUCUAUACGGCCCCUUUCAGAUCUGCAGCCGUUCCAAACCGUUCUCCUCUCGAUCGCUUUCUUCUCCACCGUCGUCGUGCUCAUUCUCUCCUUCAUCCACUGGUUCUACGUCUACAAGUACGUGUCCAUUGAGAAACGACGCAACAAACUCUACUGGCUCAUCGCCGUCUUCCCCGUAAGUGGCCCUCGGUCCCAACAGCUCACAAUCCAAUCUUAUUUCAGGUAGCAUGCACGUGCUCCUACAUCGCCAUGUGUGUGCCCCGAACGGCCGUCAUUCUCACGUGCAUCGGAGUCCUCUACUAUCUCAUGUGCCUUUUCGUCAUCGUCUCGCUGGCACGUCAUCUGUUCGGCGGGCGCGAGUCCUUUUCCACGUGUCUACAGUACGACGACCGACCGAUUGACUUCCGAUCGCCGCCCUUUUGCUGCCUCAUUCCCCGUCUUCCGACUGCCAGAUCCACUGAGUAUGCCAUCAAUCACCGCGUCCCCCCAACCCAACCGGUUCCCUUUUCAGAAAGAACAUCCGUCGUCUGGAAUGGUGUGUGCUCCAAGCCCCGAUCGUCCGCUCCAUCAUCAUCUUCCUCGACGUCGUCGCCGUGGCCGAGAUGCGAGAGCAGGCGACUCCGUUCAUCCGAUACUCGGACAUGGCCUCCCUCUGCUCCCUUCUUCUCGCCAUCUUCGGAGUGCACACUCUGGCGAGAGUCACCUCGAACAAGCUCUCUGCCUACUGUUUCAUGUCCAUGUUCCGGCUCGUCGACAUUUCGCUUCUCUUCUUCUCUGCCCAACAGCCGAUGAUCUUCCAGAACGUGCUCCUCCGAUUCAACCUCAUUUCCUGCGGACCGCUUCUGAAUGCGCAAGAGAACGCCUACUGUAAGUGUGUCGUUUUCUCCCUCCAAUUUCGUAUUUUCCCCUUUUUUAGUCGUUUGCAACUUCAUAAUCACAUGUGAAAUGCUCCUGCUCAGUGUGCUCGCCACGUGGCUGCUGGCUCCGCGGCACAAUGCGAUGUUCGAUGCGUACCGCUCUUCAAUGGCCCUUUCGGAGACGUCCGCCUCGCUCAACGAAACCGAGCAGUCGAUCAUUGAUAACGAGACAUUCUGA